AUGUCACCAGCACAAGACCAAUAUUACUACGUUGUUCCCAACGCCAGCGCCAUGGAUCCCAACGCUAGAGAAUUUGACCUCGCUUCACAAGGCUGGAUCCAGGCCACCAUCAUCGAAGAUGACGAUCUCAUGUUUGGCGGCAAGUCUUUGAGCACCUGGUAUGAGGAGGAGAGGAGACGCCUGAGCAAUGGUUCCUCGGACGAGGAGGAGCACCGCGGUCGCCAACGGGUCCGCAAGCACCACUCUUCUCACAAGCAUCAUCACCACUCCUCGAAGCAGCACUCUACCAGCUCCGACAAGAAGCACUAA